UAUAAACAAAAUACCAAUGGAGUUCAAUCGAAAUACUUUUUUAAUGACAAGAUCACGGUAACCCCAAUUCCCCAAGUUAUAUUUUCGACAAAGAUUUAAUGGAUCGUAGUUUGGACUCCAUAGGUAGCUGUUCACUUGAUGUUGAAGCCGACUGCUCAAAUAUUUCAGAUACCAGUAGCAGCAUGAAUUUUCCCUCACCGCUCUCAGUGAAGGACGGUACCCGCGAGUUUACAUUCAACCUUCGGGAGCGCUGUGCUCUCCGCUCACCUAUGCAGGUCCGACACACAACCUCAGAUCACGUGGAUCCUAGGUCAUCGGAUCUGAUGCGUAUAACGCCAUCACCCGUGGUUGUGGAUUCCGAUCGGCAGCCCAACUCGGACAUUGAAAAUUCGCAUGGAGCCGCCGAUGGCGAAAAAAAACCGAGCUAUUUGAGUCUAGCAUGUUGCGUCAGCGGUUAUUCCAACUUGACCACCUAUGACUCUAAAAUUCGACAGGAGAUAAACAAGUCGCGUGAGGUUUCUCCGAUCCGUCCUUCUACUAGCAGUCUGCAGCAGUGCAAGCCCAGCCACUCCUUGGCGGCACCACUUCUGCACAGUAUGCCCUCUCCAUCAAGCAAGUUCACACCGAUCGAGUCUAAGAACAACGACUGUCAGAACGUCAACGGGUCGAACCCUGAAAUAACCAAUGGAUACACUAGCUUUAUAAAACAGCGGGUGGAGCGCCUUUACGGACCAUGUGCCUUGACCCAGGGCUUUUACAGCACCAAAGGCCACGACCAACCACCAUCACAAUCGCAGGAAGCAAGUCGUUUGGAAAAGAGACGUCUAGAGAUAAAGUGUCCACUUGGCUCGGAACUAGCUAUUAAAUUUGAACAGCUUUCUCCAAGUAAAGAUUUCGCGGAGUUCCAAAAAAAAUUGCAAUACAACUGCUCCCAUAGUGCAAUGGUGCGGUUGGAGAACUCUUUGCCUGUUCCAGAGAAAAAUGGAAAUGUGGACCCACCCGUAUUUAGGCAUCUUAGUCAUGAGUUCAGAGCCCAGUUGCCUAAAGUGUCACCCAAAAGAGUUGUCCCUCGACCUUGCCUCGCUCUUGCGAUGCAGAUUACGAAUGGCAAGUCCCAUUUAAGGCGAGAUUCCGAUUCCACUGAUGUAGUCGACCACGAGCCCAUGAAACUGGUUAACUUGAACUUGGAGGAAUGUGUCGAUAAUACCGGAAAUUUCCUUGAAUCAGUUGUUAAGGAUGGUAACUACUUCCUUCAAAUAUUAAAAGAUGAACAAAUUCGUUUGUUGGCGCUGGCCGCUCUUGCAGAAAAAUAUGCAGACGCUUUGUCUACAAAUCCAGAUAUAACCGAGGAGACAUUUGGGCUACUACGAUCGGCGUCGGGUAGGGCUCGGCUUUUGGUAUCCCAGAAAAUGAAACAGUUCGAGGGUCUUUGCCAUAACAAUCUAAAUCGAUCUCCGGAGGAUAAAUUUCCAACUACACUUGAUGAUUUACAUGGAUUUUGGGACAUGGUUUAUUUGCAGGUUGAACACGUGGAUUCUAUUUUCGCUGCUAUUGAGCAGCUUAAAGCUAACGGAUGGAAGCAUAUGGCUGAGCCAUCCAAAAUGAAAGACUUCCCAACUAAGACGAUGAAAUCAGCUAAGACUGCAGUUUUUAAAGCGAAAAAGCCCCAAAACACUAACAAUGCUAGUGUAAAUGCUACGAUAACUGCUCUGCCGAAUACUGCACCGGCAUUAAGACGCGAGGCCCAGAGAAAACAGUUGUUGGAAAUUAAACGUCAGCGUCGUGAGGCUAUGGCCGCGGCUGCUAAGUUAAGUCAAAAAGAAGGGGAUUGCGCCAUGCGUAUUCCUGAAAGGAUCGGCGAUAUUCGUGCUAAUCAUGACGUUAACAGCUAAGCAAUGAUAAAUGCUUUAUUUCUUAUUUGUUGUAAUUUACAGAUCACCAACAAUUGUAAUCCCCAACAGCAAACUCACAAUUAACACAUCCAUAUAUAUAAAUGCUUAGAAAUUCCUAGGUAAAUUAUUCCUUAACUAGAACCUACUUAAAAUUACGAGAAAAAGCUUGUUUAUUAACCGUAUGAUAAGGAUCAAAUCUGUCACGAGAUAUCACAAAAUAGAGUUAACCAAGGAAAUUAAUGAGAACUUUGGCAACUAUCAUCAUCAACUACUCGCCAAAAAGAUGGUAUUAUGAUCGCCUUAUCUCCGUUUCCUUCACCAAGCAGUGAUCUGUACACUUUAAGCAAUUCAAAAUUAUUUGUAUAUUUUUAAACAUGUUGCAAAAAUGUAUGUAAUGUGGAAACUAA